CUCAAAUCCAAGGGAAAGGAGUCAGCGUUUCCAGCACGGCCAAAUAUUAUGGAUGAUUUUUUUUCUUCUGUCGCCUUUCCGCACAGUUCUUGAUGAUACUGAGACAUGAGGACCUAUCGGGUUUAGCCUAUGGAGGUAACUUCAUUGACUUGAUCGCUGGCUUCCCGACCCUUGAGGAGCGCGCCGGAGCUUCGGGGAAGCUCUGCCCGCCGCCCCGGCCAUGAAAAUGCUCCUGGUGCGCAAGUUCCGCGUGCUGAUCCUCAUGGUGUUCCUCGUCGCCUGCACCAUGCACAUCAUGAUCGACCUGCUGCCGCGCCUGGAGCGCCGCGGCCCCGAGAGCCGCCCGGGCUGCUCCUGCCCGCCGCCCGCCGCCGCGCCGCGCUGGCCCGGCAAGCACACGCUGCGGAUCCUGCAGGACUUCAGCGCCGAGCCGGCCUCCAACCUCUCGUCGCAGUCGCGGGAGGCGGCGGAGCGGGCUGCGGAGCGGGCUGCGGGCGGAGGAGCGGCGGCGGGGCGGGCGCGGCGGCUGAUCGGGCCCGGGGCUCCGCGGCCGCCGCCCGCCCGCAGCGCCGCGCCGCUGGCCGCGCUCUUCCGGCACCCGCUGUACCGCGCCGCCCUGCCGCCGCUGGCCGACGGCGACCUGCUCUUCAAUGUCAACAGCGACAUCAGGUUCAACCCGCGCGCGGCCGAGCAGCCCGAGUGGCAAAAUGAAGAUCAUCAUGAAGAAUUUUUGCCAACUGGAGAAACCUCCAUAGACUCCUACCCCAACUGGUUAAAAUUCCACAUUGGCAUUAAUCGGUACGAGUUGUAUUCCAGAGAUAAUCCUGCAAUUGAGGCUUUACUACAAGACCUUGUCUCCCAAAAGAUAACCAGUGUUGCAAUGAAAUCAGGAGGCACCCAGCUGAAGCUGAUCAUGACAUUCCAGAACUAUGGACAAGCAUUGUUUAAACCAAUGAAACAAACCAGAGAACAAGAAACCCCACCUGACUUUUUUUACUUCUCAGACUAUGAGAGACAUAAUGCAGAAAUAGCAGCAUUUCAUCUGGACAGGAUCCUGGAUUUCAGGCGUGUGCCCCCCGUUGCAGGCAGGCUGGUCAACAUGACCAGGGAAAUUCGGGAUGUCACUCGUGACAAGAAGCUCUGGAGAACAUUUUUCAUCUCACCAGCCAACAACAUCUGCUUCUAUGGGGAAUGCUCCUACUACUGCUCAACAGAGCAUGCCCUGUGUGGGAAACCAGAUCAGAUUGAAGGGUCCCUGGCUGCUUUCCUGCCUGACCUGUCCCUAGCAAAGAGGAAAACCUGGAGGAACCCCUGGAGGAGAUCGUACCACAAGCGCAAGAAAGCAGAAUGGGAAGUUGAUCCAGAUUAUUGUGAAGAGGUUAAACAAACACCCCCAUAUGACAGUGGGACCAGAAUUCUGGAUAUAAUGGAUAUGACAGUUUUUGAUUUCCUAAUGGGUAACAUGGAUCGACAUCACUACGAAACCUUUGAGAAGUUUGGAAAUGAAACUUUUAUUAUCCACUUAGAUAAUGGAAGAGGGUUUGGGAAAUAUUCCCAUGAUGAACUUUCCAUAUUGGUGCCUUUAAACCAGUGCUGCAGAAUCAGGAAGUCUACCUAUCUGCGAUUACAGCUGCUAGCCAAGGAGGAGUACAAGCUCAGUCUCCUGAUGAAAGAAUCUCUGCUGAAAGAUAAAAUAGCCCCAAUCCUCUACCAGCCUCACUUGGAGGCCAUGGACAGGAGGCUGAGGAUUGUGCUCAGGGCUGUCAGUGACUGCAUAGAGAAGGAUGGCUAUGACAACGUGGUUGAAAAUGACUUUAGCACGGAUGCUGACACUGUCACCACCCAGAGGUAGUGAAAUGGCAAGAGGUGCUUUUACCGAGAAGAUUCAAAGAAGAAAAUGAAACAAAAUGGCAAAAAAAAAUUAAAAAAAAAGUCUUGCAAAAGACUGUGUAUGCUACUUUGUGAAUUCAGUGAAUUCAGAAAUGAGAUAUAAUUGUUCCCAAAGUAGGUAAAGUGUAGACUCUGCAAAGGAUUAGUUCAUUAAGAAUAAGUCUAAUGUGAUGCUUUUCAUUAGUUCCAGGAGAGAGAUUAUGGAAAGGUUCAGAAAAUACUCAAUCACUGACAGACAACUGUCUGAUAGCAAAACACCUCCUUGUCCUUUUUGUAUAGAGAGGAGGCCUUUACUUAAUAUUUUGUAUUUAUAUAUGGUAUAUCUAUGAAACCCCAGACCUACCUUCCAAAUUUAACUAAGAGGGACAGCAUAGUUUUGUGACUCACACUUUAUUUGUGGUGACAGUCCACUUAGUAUUUUGUGUUAACCCUUUAAGUGCUCUAAUCCACUGUAUCUUAUUUAAAUUGAAUGCUUAUUUUCCCCCCAGCUAUUCAGCAUUUAAAGGGUUAAGGCAUUAUGAACUUUUAAAGGCAAAAAAAAAAAAUAAUAAUAAUUAUAAUAAUAAUGAUAAUAAAUACAGGGGUUACCAGAAGGGAAUUUCACUAAUUGUGCUUUGACAGGAAUACUUGAAUGUUGGUUUUACAAAGUGAUGUAAAAUGACAAGUUGUACUAUUUGUCCAUAAGGAGGUGGCAGCUCUUAUCUUUCUAGACUAUCAUAGCUGAGCUGCUACUUUUCAAUUUUGCUUUUGAUAGUUUUGUGUAAAUAUAUACAUAUAUGGGUAAAAAGCUGCUUUCAGCAGCUCUAGGCUUACUUUUGCAGCAUUUUUGUGGAAUUGUUUGCAACGUGGUAAAAGUGCAAUAAAGAUAUGCAAAACGUGUA